CGCGCCUUUUUCAGCCCGUAACGUCCUACCUGGUAGUAGUAAACCAGAAACAAAGUUCCUCCUGUAACAAUUCCCUCCAAUUGUUCAAUUCUAGAUAUUGAUAUGGCUGUUGCAGCAUCUUUACUUGUAUCUCGUGUUCUCUGUAGCAGAGAUUAGCCAUCGAAUUGAAUUUAAAAAAGACAUUUAUGCGCAAUACUUCUUGUUGAAACAAGUGUUCUUCCACUGGAAGUAAGCGUGGAAGAUAAGCGUACAGAAUAUGAUGGUAAUGAAUUUGUUGGUGGAAAAAUAAGAUGGAAUGAGUGUUUCCAAACAGGAAUUCUUUUUGACAUGUGAACUUUGAUAUCUCAAAUAGGAAUAUAUAUAAAAGUAGAGUCCAUUUUGAAGAAUAAUGUACAUAUUUUUGUUGUGUAGCUAUUGAAUGCUUAAGGUUUUUAACUUCCGUCUGAACUGGAAUCUUUUGGUACUCAAACAUUCGUAAUUUGGGAGCUCUGUUGGCCAAGUUUUCAAUCCUUGUGCAUUUCGAGGAGAGACAGACACAGCCAGAAGGUCAAAUACGCUUUUUCCUAGGGAUUUUUUGAAUAUGAGUGAACCUUCAUUGGAUUUGGAAGAUGAAUGGGACGUUGUGAAUGAUGAUGGUUUUGUGUACAAGAAAAGGAAGAGGAAGGAUGUUUCUGCUUCACCAAUACCAAUCAAAACUACCACUUCUAAACACAAUGAUGAACAGUAUAUCAAACAACGUCGCCAAACUAAAAAAGCAGCCCUAUUAAAUCUCAAGGAAAAAUAUGAAAAAGAAAUUAGACAUUGGGAAUCCCUCUCCCAGCAGUUGCAGAAGACACCAGCUUAUUCUAUCUCCUCCAUGAAGGAAUCUGCACCUUCAUUAGCUCUGCCCCAAACCCAAACAGGGAACAGCUGCAAAUGUGUUCUGAAGGAGCUCUUACAGCAGGUGGAAGUCCAAGAUGCCUUCAUCCAGGAUGCAAUGAUUUUGUGCAAUUUGGCUGAAAUGAUGUGUCAUACACAUGAACAAGUCCUCAAAAAAUCCAUUUUUGAUUUGCCUGUUUGGAGACCCCCCACCACACCAAUACAUAAUCUGUUAUCAUCCGAUUCUGAAGAUGACAUUUAAGUGUCUGGACUCUGUUCUGAGAUUGAUCUUCGAUAAUGUGUAGGUGUUCAUUCUUUUUUGUGUAGAAAGCACACACUUUUGUCCCAUCAAAUUUUGUUUCCAUGAGUUGGACAAACAUUUCUCUACAUAAAUGUGGAUGUGACAAACUCUAAUGGUCUCUAUGUCUACCUGGUUGAAUACUUUGCUGAUUUACAUGUCAUGGAUAUGCAUGAACAUAGUAACAUUUAAAUGGUCUAAAUAGACAAUGGCAUCACAAAAUCAAAUUUAAUCUACAACUUGUCAGAGAAUUAUCAACUU